ACAAAUUUACUUUAUGGGUGGCGAGGACUCCGAACGGGCACUCGCCAAUCGCGUGAAUACACGUUGCAACUAUAAUCACCUCAAUUCACCAUUUGCAACGCGCAUUGCAGCGAGCUGGACGCUCUGUUAAAUGAGCACAACGAAUUGUUGAAAUUAUUCAAAUCACAUAUGCAUAAGCUACAAAGUGACAAACACGCUAUUUUCAUCAAUCCUGAUAGAACACCAGCUGGAGGGCAUAUACAAAUCGUGAUUCGAAGAAGAAAUAAUUCUCUUCAGUCCAUUCCUGAUACCCAUCGUUUAUAUGAUGCUCUCCAAUAUCCACUCAUUUUUUGGAAGGGACAAGACGGAUAUUGCAUAAACCUUAAGCAACGAGAUCCGGUAACAGGAACCGAAACAAACAAGAAUAUUAGCUCAAAGGAUUUCUAUUCGUUUCGGUUGAUGAUUAGACGUGGUCAGGAUAAUAUCAUUCUACGAUGUCGUGAGCUUUGCCAACAAUUUAUGGUCGAUAUGUACGUCAAGAUAGAGAGUGAACGACUACGAUACUUGCGAUUUAACCAACAGAAGCUGCGUGCGGAAGAAUACAUUCACUUGCGAGAUGCUAUUGCCAGCAACGCUGAUACUGCCGAAAUCGGUAACUCUGUCAUCCUACCAUCAUCGUACAUAGGUAGUCCACGUCACAUGCAAGAAUACAUACAGGAUGCUAUGGAUAUAAUAUGGAUAAUAUGGACGACCUUGCUUUUUUAUUACUUUUACAUGUAAUCCAAAAUGGCAGGAAAUUACAUCGUUAUUACCUGGACAAAGUGCAAUACAUCGUCAUGACAGGGCAUGUGAACAUGCGCGUUCAAACGCUUCAGGAUCCAUCCGCCGAAACUUUUUCGAAACAGCUAUUAGAUAUUGGCAAUGGGAAAGUUGCCGUACAUGAAAAUACUGGAUCAAUAAAAUUACCAACCGGUUUUUGCACAAUCGUCCACUCGCAAGAUGUUCUCAUCGACUGUAUAUUUCCCGAUGUACACACACAAUAUAUAAAUCUUGAGUGGCUGGCAGAAAGAGCCAUUUUAGCAGCGAAAAAUGUGGACGUUCAUGGAUUAAUUUUAAAGAUACAACAAUUGUUGCCAACAGACUCUGUGUCAUACAAAUCUGUUGAUACAGUUUGCAAUACUAUCGAAGCUGUAAAUUACCAAGUAGAAUUUUUGAAUUCCUUGGAUUGAACCCACCACGGCUGUGCAAUGGCACACGAUUGGUUAUUAAAAAAUUAAUGAAGAACGUGAUUCAGGCCACCAUUUUAAAUGGCAAGUUUCAAGCUAAAAGGUAACACGAAAUUCUUUGACUGUUAGGCGUUACGAAGUUAGCCGGGUUUGCUAGUACAUAUAUAUAUAUGUAGUAUAAACUCAUUAGCAAAAACACUUUCUUUCGUUCCGACAAAACUUAAAUUCCAUUUCUUAAAUAAAUUCUGGACAUUCGAACCAGGGUUGUA